AUGAAAAACCAUACAAUAACAACUUUCAUCCUGCUAGGACUAACUGAUGACCCUAAACUUCAAAUUCCAGUUUUUAUGUUUGUAUUUUUCACUUACAUAUUGAGUAUCACUGGGAAUCUGACCAUCAUAACCCUCACUUUAGUGGACUUCCACCUUAAAACACCCAUGUACUUUUUCCUACAGAAUUUUGCCUUAUUAGAAAUUUUAUUUACAUCUGCUUGCGUCCCUAGAUAUUUAUACAACAUAGCAACAGGUGACAGGUCAAUUACAUAUACCGCUUGUCUCAUUCAAGCUUUUUUUACAGACGUCUUUGGAGUAACAGAAUUUUUUUUCUUGGCUGUCAUGUCCUAUGACCGCUAUGUGGCCAUCUGCAAACCCCUGCAUUAUGUGACCAUCAUGAGCAGCAGAGUCUGCAAGAGGCUUGUCCUCUGUUGUUGGACGGCUGGCUUGCUGAUCAUAUUGCCACCACUUACUUUUUUUAUAAAUUUAAAAUUCUGUGACUCAAAUGUCAUUGAUUAUUAUUACUGUGAAGCGUCUCCUGUCCUGAAGAUUUCAUGCUCAGACACGUGGCUCAUAGAGCAGCUGGUUAUUGUCUGUGCUGUGCUGACCUUCAUUCUGACGCUUGUGUGUGUUGUUCUGUCCUACACACACAUCAUCAAGACCAUUCUAAAAUUCCCCUCUGCCCAACAAAGGAAAAGGGCCUUUUCUACCUGUUCUUCUCACAUGAUUGUGGUUUCCAUCACCUACGGAAGCUGCAUCUUUAUCUACAUCAAGCCUUCAGCAAAGGAAUCGGUGGCUAUGAAUAAGGGUGUGACAGUGCUAAUGACAUCCAUUGCUCCUAUGUUGAACCCAUUCAUUUACACUCUUAGAAACAAACAAGUGAGACAAGCCUUCAGUGAUUUCUUAAAAAAAAUUGCAUUGGCCUUAAAGAAAUAA